CGGUAUUAUUGAUUUUGGGCAUUUCGUCAAAUUAAAACUCGGACAUAAUUCAUUCAAAAAUAAUUUGUUUAGAAAUAUAUAUUUAAAUAUAUAUAUUUAUAUAUAUUUUACUUACUUAGGUUAAUAAUCAUCAUUAAUAGGUAAGUAUUUCUAAAUUAAAAUGCCGAAUGUUGUAGAUGAGGAAGAUUUCAGCUCGGACUCCGACGAUGAGGAUUAUGUGCCGACAGAGGGUGUUCUAGCUAGUGAGGAAGAGAAUUCAGGAGAGGAUGAAAGUGCAUUGUUUGCAAAUGAUGAUGACGUUAAAGAUGACAAUGGGGAUGUUGCUGAUGCUGCUGCUAAAAAAAAUGGAAGGGGGUGUAGGCAAAAAAAGUUACAGAAGAAAUGUACAACGAAGAGUAAACCGUUAAAGAACAUCGACAAUGAAGAUAUAUCUAAAGAAGAAGCUUCACAAAAUUUGAAAAAUGACGAAGAAAGUAAGCGAAAGUCGGACAGUCUGUGGGCUGAUUUCUUGAAAGAUGUAGGGGGCCCUACCAAAAAGACUAACAAUGAGAAAGUUACAAUUGUCAAAGAAUUUAACUUUGCUGGUGAAACAGUCAGAGUGGCUACUGAAGUCGAUGCCGAUUCAAAGGAGGCCAAAAAAUUGUCAACAACGUCAUCUGUGACGUCAUCAUUGAUAACACCAUUAACAUCUACGUCAUCAUCGUCGUCGUCGUCAUCAUCAGCCCUGACAACGUCAUCAGCGUCAUCGUCGUCAACAUCAUCAAGUACAACUUUGAAAACAUCAGCAGCAGCACCACCAUCUUCAUCUUCAGUUUUUUCCAAAUUACCAGGGCCAAAACGACCAUCCGGUGGACUGAACAGCUUGCUUGAAAAUUUUCAAAAGAAGCCAAAGAUGAGUGUGCUGGACAAAUCGAAACUGGAUUGGAUUGGAUUCAGAAAGGAUGAAGGCAUUGAGGAGGAGUUGCAGCAACAUAAUAGGGGGAAAAACGGGUAUUUGGAGAGGAUGGCUUUCUUGCAGCGGACUGACCUGCGGCAGUACGAACUAGAAAGGAAUUUGAGGAUGUCCAGUGGCAGAAAACCUCCUCUCUAGUCUGCUCUCUCAAUCUUUCUCUCUCUCUCUCUCUCUUUCUCCCUCUCUUUCUCUCAAUGUAUUUAUGUUUGCCAGAAUGUGUGUCAAUAAUGUUUUUGUCUAUAGAUUCGUUAAUAUAGGACACUGAAAAUUGUCUUUGUUUAUGUAUGUGUUGUACGUAAUUGUGUGUAUACAUGUAUUCAUGAACAUGUGUGUAUGUAUAUAUAUACAUGAUAUAUAACUUUACCUAAUUCGCAACUGUUUGUAUACGUGUAUAAUUCAUGAAUAUAUGUACAUAUAUCCAUCUACAUCAAGACUGGAUGAUAUUUUUUAUUACAUUUUUUCUUUUUUUUCUGUUCUUAUGCAAGGCUGUUGAGUUGUUGGUUUAGUCGUCAUCGUGCGUGAGAGGUUCAAUAAAUUUAUUUAUGUAAACUUG